UCAUCUCGCCUACGCUGUAUAUCACAUUACACAUGCUAUCCGUAUCGCUAUGUGGACGGCAUAUCUCGCGUCUCUAAAAUUUCCAAAGGAUAACAAUGAGAAAACACAAGAUCGGAAAGCGCGAGCUGGGAAAUUCCGUUGGCAGUUGCCAUGCCUGCGACUGUUCUCGCUCCGAUAUCAUCGUUCAUGGCCCCCGCAGAUUAAUUGCACACUUUUGCCCCAUUACUGGCUGCAAAAUUACUUCAGACUGCUCGAGAACGUGCAGCGUUGCGCCGUCGGGCAAAAGUUGGCUUUUGCAUUUUUCUUCGACUUUUGUUUGGAUUUCUGUUUUGCAAUUUCAUUCAUGCCGUGACGUUAUAUUCGAGAGUCUACGCAGCUUAUACCAAUGUAGCGGACGAGUUAAUUCUGCCAAAAAUAUAGCAGCGUCGUGCAUCCGAUCUCUUCCCAAAUUCAAAUCAAACAUCGCGGUUCAUCUGUAUUUUCGCAGCAAGCGUUUCUGCGAUUAUAUAUAUAUAUAGCAGGUGCCUAUAUCUAUGUAUAUCCGACGUCGCGUACACGCCCGCCGCGCUGCAACGUCAAAAGCUGCGCGCAAAGUCACGCGGUGCCUCUAAUUCUCGCUCAAUUAUCAUCGAAAAAGAGCCGCGAGCGCAGGAACACGGGCCGCCGAUUUCCUCGUGCCAUCGGGCUCCAGAAUCGCAGCUCGCAAUCUCGUCAUAACAAAUAUCACGGCGCCCGCUCGAUGUUGCCGGUUUAUUGUACAUAUAUAUAUUAUAUGUAUCGUGCGGUAUCUGCAGUGCGCUUCGUCCCUCCGAUAAAAGUCAAGUGCAGAAUUUACAGGCGAGUUUUCGCGCUAUGCGAGCGAGCGCGGUUGACAUCUCCGCAGAUAUUACACGCGAGAAGACGCGAUACGAGCCGUUCGCGUGACAAAAUGUGCAAUAGCUCGUCGAGGGGGGCUGUGUAUUUUUAAACUCCCAUUCACUAUAUAUACAUAUAUGUAUAUACACUGAGUACGGCGCGCUAUCGCGCUUAGCACUAGUAGCUAGCGGCGCAGUAGAUAUAUCGAUACAAACACGUAAAUCGCAAGCUUUACACUACUUGCAUUCUGCAUGAUACGCGAGAACGCGCGCGCUAAAGUGUCCAGUGCGUCUUUCGAUGACGCACUGCGUGCGAGCAUACCGCUCGUUCGCCUGUACUCUAAAAGGAUUACGUUGCGAAAUUCGAAAAUAUUAGUGCAGGUAAGAAUUCGCGCCGGUUAAUCAAGCUUCGUUCGAUACAUUCCCAGACUCUUAGUCACGCCAGCGGCGAAUAUAACGAGCCAUAUUUCGACAUUCUGUAAAUCCGAUUUAUAUUUACAGAGCCGUGUAAACACACCGCGAUGAGACAUUUUUUUUUUUUUAUCGCGGCAAGCGUAAAGUAUAUAUGCGACGUUACAGCGUUACAUAACGGUGGCAAAAAAACGUUGCUAUAUCACGCGCCGUGAAUUGAUGAAAUUCGCUUUUAUCUGCGCUCAACGCGCGCCUGUACAAAAAUCGAGUCUCUCUCUCUCGAUAUUCCUUCUUUUUUUGCUCAUCGGAAUCUUGAAUAGAAACAAUCUCUCCUUUUUUCGGCGGAUUCGCGCAACGUUCAAUGCAAAUAGUCACGCGCCAGUCAGUCCUCGUCACAGAGCGGCUUGGGGCUAUCAGCUAUGAGAAAGCGAGGCUUUCAUUUUCUUCGGCCUCGCCCCGUACAGCACGCGGCUGUAAAAACUGUAAAAGUCCUAUAUAAGAUACCUACAAUUUCGUAUAACGGACGAAAAUCGGAAAUUCGCAGCGCCUCUGUCGGUCGAAUUGUGGCGCGCGUCCUCGCUUUUUGCGACCAAUAAAGUUUAGAGUGCGCGGAGGGGCGUGGAGAGGAGAGGGACGACCUGGUCUCGUGUCCCGUGUCGACGUCGGAAGUCUCGAACUCGCGGCAGCGGCAGUCACGCUUCGAGCCUCGCACGAACGACACUGCGGCAGUCGCGGCGCAACUCGUCGCACACGAGGUCCAGGGAGAGAGAGAGAGAGAGAGAGAGAGGAGAGUAGGUGUGAGAGUGAAGCCGUCGUCGUCGUCGUCAUCCGCUGAAAAGAUGUCGGCGUGCGUCAGGGUGCAGGCGACCAACGGGGACAGCGCGAACGAUACCUCUUCGAGGAAGAAGCUCCGCGUCUCCGGACAGCAGCAGCACCAGGCCAAGGUCACGGUCGUGCUGGGAGCUCAAUGGGGCGACGAGGGCAAGGGCAAAGUCGUCGACAUGCUGGCCAGCGAAGCCGACCUCGUCUGCAGGUGUCAGGGAGGAAGUAAUGCAGGUCAUACUGUAGUUGUAGAAGGUGCCGAAUACCACUUCCACCUUCUACCUAGUGGCAUAAUCAAUCCCAGAUGUAAAUCCGUUAUAGGUAAUGGUGUUGUCAUUCAUUUGCCAGGCUUAUUUGAAGAACUGGAAGAAAAUGAGGCUCAAGGUCUUAAAGAUUGGCAGGGCCGACUUAUCAUUUCGGACAGGGCUCACAUAGUCUUUGACUUUCAUCAGCAAGUUGAUCAAUUGCAAGAACUUGAAAAAGGCACUCGUUCAUUGGGUACCACAAAGAAAGGAAUUGGUCCAGCUUAUGCUAGUAAGGCAGCCAGAACUGGAAUUAGAAUAGGAGAACUCGUAGGGGACUAUGACAAAUUUUCUGAAAAAUUUGUAGCCCUUGUAGCGUCUCAUCAGAAAAUCUUUCCUGCUCUUAAAGUAGACGUGAAAGCAGAACUAGAACGUUACAGGGGAUAUGCUGAUCGUAUCAGACCCUAUGUCAAAGAGACAGUUCAUUACUUGCAUCAUGCUGCAAAAGAUGGAAAGAAGAUUUUAGUAGAAGGUGCUAAUGCUGCAAUGUUAGACAUAGAUUUUGGAACGUACCCGUACGUUACUAGUUCAAACUGCAGUAUUGGUGGAGUCUGCACUGGCCUUGGAUUACCGCCUACUGUUAUUGGAGAAAUUGUAGCAGUAGUAAAGGCCUACACUACUCGAGUAGGUGAUGGCCCAUUUCCUACUGAGUUACUAGAUGCCACUGGUGAAAUUUUGCAAAAAAGAGGUUGUGAGUUUGGUGUCACAACAAAGAGGAAAAGACGCUGUGGAUGGCUUGACUUGAUUUUAUUGAAGUACACAGCAAUCGUGAAUGGUUACACGUCAAUAUGCUUGACCAAACUUGAUAUCUUGGAUACAUUGCCAACUAUCAAAGUCUGCACUGGAUAUCGUCUAAAUGGCAAGGAAAUUGAUUAUUUCCCAAGCAGCACAUCAGAUUUGGCUAAAGUGGAACCAAUCUAUGAAGAGUUUGAAGGCUGGCAGACCAGUACAGAAGGUGUACGCUCUUUUGAUAAUUUACCUUUAAGUGCUCAAAAAUAUGUACAAUUAUUAGAAGAAUAUUUAGAUAUUCCAGUGAAAUGGGUAGGCGUUGGCGCUGGUCGAGAAAGUAUAAUUGCUAUCUGACAGUCACCAUGUGAAGAGUGACGACACAGCACCAGUUCUAAUGUAUUAUUAAGGUUAAUUGUUAAUAUAUUGUUCACAAUAUGGAGCUGAUGCGCACAGUACAUAAGGAAUUUUCAACAAAGUUAAUUAAGAAUAUACGGCGACAUUUUGAGCCUUACAAGCAAGAAUUGAAAACAUGCUUAAAAAACAGGUGACUUAAAGCGUACAUUUACAACCCGAUGCAAGUCAUAUGGGACAAAGAUUUCAUUAUCCUAGUAUUCUUUUAAUAUAAUUACGAUGAACUGUUGUACAGAUACUUAAUUGUAGAUUUUUGAUUAUCAUCUAUUAUUUAAAUUUCAUAACACGCUUACUUCUGUAUAAUACUGUCAUUUAUGUCGAAUAUUAAAUUUUUGUUCUAAAUGCCAACUUGACACAAAGCCAUUACAAACUUUUUUACAAUUAACUUAUAGUUGUUUCCAUCUGCUCCGGCGUUUGAGAUUCUCUUCUUUCUCUGGCGCGUCGAUUUUGAAACCAUAUUUUUAUCUAUAAUAGAUAAUUAAGUUUAUAAGAAUAAAACUAUUCAUUGACAGAUAUUACACGAGUACGACACAUAAAUAUUUUUAUAAAUUCAAAAGAAUGGAAAAUUCUUUGACAUUGAAGAAAACCGUAAUUUAUUGCAAGCAGAUACUUGGAUUUUUUUAAGCUAAAAUCUGUAAUCUAUAUUUUACUGCGAUAAUAUUCAAACGAUUAAUUGAAAUAAAAACAUAUUUAGUAAGAA